AUAAAAGUAAAAAAUGUCUGCAUUCACUACAUUCUUCUCAUAUUUCAAUCAACGUAUCAAUAUUUUCUUCGUUUCAUGGCUUCCUCAAGCAUUAAAAUUCCUAAUCCUUGUGUUUUUUGUUUCGAUCAGUGUAUUCCUACAAAAACGAGAAAAACACAAUUGCAGGAAAAUUAUAAACGAAAAGAGCACUAAAUUCGUCUACAAAAAGCGGAAAUUACUUGGAUUUGUUGCUACUGAAUCGCUUGAUUGCUCGAUUUGUUUAUCAGAUUUCGAGCACGGAGAUAAAGGGAGGAAAAUUGUAAACUGCCGUCAUAUUUUCCAUGAAAAUUGCUUGGAUAAGUGGUUGAUGCACGGGAAGGGACAAGCCACGUGUCCACUUUGCCGGAGCGUGAUUAUACCGGAAAAUAUGAUGGACGUUCACCGGAAAGUUAAAGAUGAAGGACUGAGGUUUACUAUGUUUGAAGAAGAACUUGCUCUGAUGUUACUCUCUGGUUUAACUAGUGGAUGUUCUAAUUAGUUAUCAUAAAAAAAAAAUUGGUACAUUUUUCUUAAUUUUAUUUAAUAUUAUUCAAAAGGAAAAA